AUGAGCAUCAGAAAAGCAGUCAUACCCGCAGCAGGUUUCGGCACUCGAUUCCUGCCCGUAACGCGCACUAUCCCCAAGGUGAUGAUCCCCGUGCUGAACGAACCUGCCAUCCAGUUCUCCGUGAGGGAAGCGGCAGACGCGGGCAUCGAGCACAUCGUGUUCGUCAUCUCCCGAGGGCAGGAAGCCACCAACGAUUACUUUAAGCCAGUGCCUGCGCUGGAGGACGCACUUGAGCAACGCGGCAAUACGGAACUGCUGAACGCCAUGCGCGACAUAUCGUCCAUGAUCGAAACCAGCUUCGUAUAUCAGGACGAGCAGCUUGGACUGGGACACGCCGUCCUCAUGGCUAAAGAUGAGAUUGGUGACGAGCCCUUCGCCGUCUUCCUGCCAGACGACAUCAUCUGGGCAGACUCGCCACCCAUUGGCGAUAUGAUUAAAGUCUUCUCGGAGCAGAAAAGCAGCGUCAUCGCCGUCAAGCAGGUUCCCGACGAAGCCAUCCCAAAUCUCGGCGUCAUAGACCCGGAACCACUGAACGACAACGUGUAUCGCAUCAAAGGCAUGGUGGAAAAGCCACGCCUAGAGGACGCGCCGUCCAACCUGGCCAUCGUCGGGCGCUAUGUGCUGACGCCUGAAGUCUUCGAUGCCCUGGAACAAGCGCCCCCGGGUGCAAUCGGCGAAAUCCAACUGACCGAUGCCAUUGAAGCCGUGCGCGCCGAGCAGGGCGCCUAUGCCUACAAGAUCGUCGCAGACCACUUCGAUGUUGGAACGCCCUUAGGCAUGCUGAAGGCGUCCGUUUAUGCCGCCCUGAAGCGCGAUGAUAUGGCACGCGAACUCAAAGCCUGGCUCAAACCUAUGCUCAACAGUUGA